AACCAGCCUUUGGAUCACCGUUCGUGAUCCAGAUCCGUGCGAAACAGACAGGCCUAUGGUUGUCACACUUCACCGAUCACAGCAAUGGCCCCACGAUGUAGCCUUGAACCCACCAGUCGCUGUUCUAGCUCUACCUCUGUUGACAUGGUUACCAAUGACAUCAGCCUGUUCAGUUUCCCUGUACGCAACGGAAUGUCAUUGGUAUGAGAAUAACAGAUAAAUGCGAGCAGCAGACCAACCGAUUGCUGCUUCAAUUUCAUUUUUUCUGGCAUCAGAGCUGCCUGCACAGAUAGGGUUGAAGGGUUGGAGGGAAUCAGAAUAUAGGAAAAACGAGCAACUUACGCAGUAACAUCUGAAGAAAUGGACAGAGCUGCAAAGUUAGUGCUGAUCGUGUCUGCACUGACAGUGUUCUUGAGUGGUGUGGAGGGCACGGCGAGGGUGUGUUACUUCGGUCCCCCACCGAAACCUGACCCUGAUAACCCAGAUCACUGGAUGAAGCAAGUCAUGCGGGAGAUACGAGAGCGUUGCCCGGGAAAAAGGGGACGUAGCCCAGCUGAGGCAGGACCUACUGAGCCAGGAACCACGGCCGUCGGGUGUUCAACCCCGAGGCCUUUAGGGAUGGAGGACGGGACUAUCCCCGAUGAACGGAUCUCAGCGUCCAGUUACCAGACGUUUUGUUUCGGCUCCUGUUUGGCCUCAGAUGCACGCCUUAACAGUAACGAGCGAUGGGCACCCAACAGCAACAGAGGCUCCUGGAUCGAGGUUGACCUCGCUGUGAGUACACUGGUGUCUGGCGUCAUCACGCAAGGAGGCCCAGGGGGCAUACGGUAUGUCAAGAGAUACCUCGUGUCGUAUCAGAGGCAACACUCAUCUGACCGUGUACAUGUGACAGAUGGAAAUGACGAGGCCAAGGUGUUCACCGGUAACUCUGACGGCAACACCCCGGUCACUAACAUGUUCAAAGCGAGUGUGUUGGCCACGACAGUGCGCAUUGAGCCAACUGAAUGGCAUCACAACGUUGGACUGCGAUUUGAGUUGCUUGGAUGUCGCCUUGAUUAAUUCACACGUUCGGUGCUUGUAACAGUACAUAUUUUUUUUGCUUUUGAGAAUUACUACCC